AUGGACAGGGCCAGUCAGGUACUAGUGCAAGGCGUGCCUCCUGGCAUGCCGACAUCAUAUCGUGCCCUGGCAGAUCAUAGCGAUGUCCCUCGCUCUAUCCUCCAUCAUCGUACUGCGGACGCCGCUCGAAAGAAGCGAAGGACCAGGACCAAUGGUACCUUAAGCCGUACGAAGAAGAUGUCGUUGUUAAGUUCUUAGUGCAAAUGUCCAACCUUGGGUAGCCAAUACGGAUGAAGUUUAUCCCAUCGAUCGCCUUCAGCGUUACCCGCCAGCGACCCGCGGCAGAAAGACCGCUAAAGGCACCCGGCAAGAACUGGACAAAGGCUUUGGAAAGGCGCCACCCAAUCCUCACGGCGAGAAGACUCGGGGCUAUAGACUGGAACCGCCACAAUAAGAAUAUCUAUAAGAAAGUCACACGCUGGUUUGAGGUAAUCGGAGAAGUAUUACAGGAGCCGGCCGUCCUGGCCAAGAAUGUUUAUAAUAUAGACGAGACCGGAGUCAUGCUCUCUAUGCCAGGCUCGGUCAAAGUCCUCGUAGAUAAGGAUGACAAGCGGAAGCAUAGAGGUGUGCGAGUCAAGCGCACCAUAGUAAUUGCGAUUGAAUAUAUUAGUGCUAAUAGUAGGUAUCUAAACCCGAUGAUUAUCUGGCCAGCCAGCACUUAUCGAAGUAACUGGACCACAUUCCCUACCCCUGGAUAGUACUAUACCUGCUCUGAUUCGGGCUAUAUCGACUCCAAGAUCAGCUUAAAGUGGCUCAAGCGUAUAUUUGAUCCCGAGACCAAAAAACGAGCUAACAAGAGACCUCGAAUACUGAUCUGCGACGGCUUCGGGACGCAUGAG